ACCGAAUUUGCAUGACCUGAUUUUUUCGUUAUUGGUUAAAUCCUUUUAAAUAGCCCGCUCAUUCAUCCCGCCGCUCCCUCAACACCCCCCCUUCCUUUCUUACGCCUUCAUUCCUUCAACAGGUCAAAAUGUCCAACGGCACUGUCGCAGUUCAGUCCAACGGUGAUGGACGUGUCGGCAAGCGCAUCGAAAACUACACUGCCUUUUGGCAGAAGGACAUGAAGAAGGAGGACAAGGUGGACACCGAGAACCGUCUCGAGAACUACACCGACGUCGUGAAUGGCUACUACGAUGGCGCGACCGAGCUGUACGAGUAUGGCUGGGCCCGCUCCUUCCACUUCUCGCGCUUCUACAAGGGCGAGGCCUUCGCUGCCUCGCUCGCGCGCCACGAGCACUACCUCGCUUCGCAGAUGGUCCUGCGCCCCGGCAUGCGCGUGCUGGACGUUGGCUGCGGUGUCGGCGGGCCAGCGCGCGAGAUCGCCCGCUUCGCGGACGUGCACGUCGUCGGCCUCAAUAACAACGACUUCCAGAUCCAGCGUGCCCGCCGCUACACGAAGGAGGCCGAUCUCGAAGGCCAGGUCGAGUUCGUCAAGGGCGACUUUAUGAAGCUCGCUGAGCAGUUUGGGCCGAACUCGUUUGAUGCCGUAUAUGCCAUCGAAGCCACUGUCCACGCCCCUACAUGGGAAGGCGUCUACGGCGAAAUCUUCAAGGUUCUCAAGCCCGGAGGAGUGUUCGGUGUCUACGAAUGGUGCAUGACCGACUCCUGGGACCCCUCGAUCCCGUCGCACAAGGAGCUCGCGCACGAGAUCGAGUUCGGCAACGGCAUCCCCGAGAUGCGCCCCAUCCGCCUUGCGCGCCAGGCGAUCCAGACCGUUGGCUUCGAGAUCUUGCAUGAGGAGGACCUCGCUGACCGUCCCGACGAGGUGCCCUGGUACUACCCGCUCGAGGGCGACAUCCGCAAGGCGCAGACUGCGUGGGACUAUUUCACCGUCUGGCGCAUGAGCUGGUCGGGCAAGCUCGUCACGCACAAUUUCAUGCGCAUCGCCGAGUUCUUGGGCUUCCUGCCCAAGGGGACGUACGAGGUCGGUGAGAGUUUGAAGGUGGCGGGAGAUGCGCUCGUGAAGGGCGGCAAGAUGAAGCUGUUCACGCCGAUGUACCUCGUCGUCGCGAAGAAGCCCGCACAAGAUUGAGCAAAGAUUGAGCGUCCUACUUCGUCACCUUCCGGCUCGGGUUUACUGGGGGACUUUCUGAGCUUAGAUAGUCAAGUUAGAUACCACUAAUAUUAAUUCUCUGUUUCAUCUGUACUACGAUCUGCUCGCUGUAUAUACCAUGCACACAUAUCCCGGAACUGAAUAUCCUCAGUUCGCGAAGUUUCAGUUGUUAUGGAAGGGUUAGCUUGC